UUUUAUAUGUUAUUAUUCUGUGGUUUUACUGGUCUGUUCUGUGUGACGACUGUACGUUCGCGAUUUUUAAUAUUCCAAAAAAAAAUCAUUUUCUAAACAAAUAAGGUAUUUAAAUAGAAUAACAGAACAGAAAGUGAAAAGUUCACUGUUAUCCGAAAAUGGCUGCUCUCGUUGUUCAAUCUCGUUUCGCCGGCCUCAAGAUCGAGGACGAAGAUCAUUCAGGUAGCGACAAUCAGAAAUCCAAGAAGAAUAAGGCGAAUCCUUCCAAGAAGUUGGAUUCCGCUAAGAAAACCAAAACUUCUAACAACAAGCCCCAGCCUGUGCCAGCAUCGAAAAAACGUAAGCAGAAGCCUGUGGAGGCCACUUCUGAGCAAUGGGAAAUGUGGAAACAAAAAGAUGAAGAAAUUGUAGAUGGCAAUUUUGAAACUCAAUUGCAAGAGGCAAUACUUUUGUCUAAACUGGAUUUUGAAGAGAAAAAAGAUGUUUACAAGGCAAUGAAAAAGGAAGCAGAGUCUGAAAAGAAGUUGGAAGAACAGUCUCGCUCUGGGAACAAGAAACAAAAGAAAAAAAAUGUCAUGAGUCUGGAACAGUUCAAUGAUAUGGUCACACAUGGUGAUGAGCCUAACUUUAUGAAUGUAACAUCUGAAACGGGUCCUGAAGAAGAACCAAAACAACCUGACAAAGAUACAAAAUUUUUUGACAGAAUACAGGCAGAAACCAAGAAUGAACUUUUAAAAGACAAAAUUACAGCCAGAGUGUUGAACCAGACACUACCAGAUGAGGUUCUCACAAGGCUACAGUUCACAGAAGCCCUGGAGAAGAAGGACAAAGAAAUCUCAGCUUUAAAACAGCAGAUCACAAGCUUGAAAGAGGAGCUUUUUACAGUAAAGUCAAGGAAUAAAAAACUUUGUAACAUACUUGGACAAGGCGAAAUGAAAGACAAGGCAGAAAUUUUGGUAGAAGUAGAGCGUCUCCGCGGCGUACAGUCGGAGCUGACGGCGGAGCUGGCCUCGCUGCACACCGACCUUGAGAAGGAGAGGUCCAGAAACGCAGACCCGCGCACUAAAGACAAGAGAUAUGGCACUAAAAAGAAAAGUAUACGUUUUGAUGUAUCGUCCGAGGCCACCGUGUCGAAGGACUCUGGAACAUCUUAGCUGUCAAAAUAUGUAUCGUAUUACUUUAAAUCAGAAAUAAAUAACUGGAAACUUAUCUGAUUAUAUUGUUUAAAUAUAUAAUUUUUUAUAAAGUAGUUAUUUUCUAACUUUCAGAAGAAAAAAGCGGCAAAUGGAGAAAGAGACAAAUAAUCACCAUUGCACUUUUAUCCGUCUUAAACUUAGAUGUUUUAUGGUACUACAUAGUAGCUCUUUAAGAAAAGUAAAACUUUAUUUUAAAUGGUCAAUUUUUAUAUUGGAAAAUGACUACAUAUUUAUAUUAUGUAUUUGUGUCCUACCUAUAGUAUUAUAUCAUGAAUAGAAUAUAUGCCACAAAAUGUUUUGUAAAUGCACAAUUAGAUAAUUUAAAAUAAAAUUAAUUAUAUUGAGAACUAGCUGUGCCCGCGACUUCGUUCGCGUGGAAUAGUGACUUUUCGGGCAGCAUAUACUCUGUACGUUAAAAAUGUUCGCCGUGAUUCUUUAA